CCCUACGAAAUAAAGAUCGUAUUUAUAGUUUCAGGUUUCAGCAAAGGGAAAUAACCGUGUCAUCCAGCAUUGAAAUUACAAUUUUUAUAUUUUAGGAUUUUUGCCUCAAGUUUACAAAAAAUGCAAAACUGGAAUGAGUUAGUCGAAACUUUGAGGCGAGCUAGCAGUCAGCAAGCUGCAGAGUUCGAUCCUGCUUCCCAGUUAUUAAAGGGUUACGAAUCCCAGCCUGGAUUUCACUUGGCUUUAUUAAAGAUAGCUCUUUCACCUCAAAUCACUGAAAUCCCAGUGCGUUGGAUUGCAGUUUUAUUCCUAAAGAACGGCAUCGACCGUCACUGGCGUACACACGGACCUUCGCCGAUUUCUAAUGAAGAAAAAGUUGCAAUUCGAGAAAUUAUUUACGAAUGUUUUAAUGAGCCCAUUCAGCAGAUAGCACUUCAAUUUGCCGUCAUAAUAUCGAAGAUAAGUAGAUUUGAUUAUCCACGACAAUGGCAAGAUCUACUUCCAUAUUUGGCGAAUGAAAUGCAGCAACAGAAUCCAGAUAGUGAUGUCAUAAGAGACAAUACCAUAUUGUUGACGUUCCGUUUAUUUAUGAAGGAAUUAGCAUCGAAAAGAUUGCCAAACGAUAAGAAACUGUUUGGGCAAGUUUGCCGACAGAUGUUUCCUUGUGUGUUCAAAUCAUGGGAGAGACUGACCAACCAAUUUAUGUCAGAUUUACAAAAUCGAGGACAAAACAGCAAAAAUACAAGUUUUAACGGACAAAAGUUGAUCAAUAUUUUAAAAUCGUUUCGAAGUAUUGUGCCAAUGCUGGAAGCUGCAAAUUCACAGCAGUUUUUCUCAUCUAUAGUUUCAUCAUUGUCACAAAUUCUUCAGUUAUCACAACAUUUUUCAAGUUUUGAAACUUUCCAAAAACUGUUGAUUCUUCAUUCCAAGAUACUGCUUGAUAUUCUUGAGCUUGAGCUGGAAAAUGUGAAUGAAUUCAUUCGUCAAGCGUUUACUAUUUCAAAGCAAUGUGUUUUGAAAUAUUCGGGGCAAAGGGAUUUGUUUGAAGAGCGGUUUAUUGUAAACUGCAUGAACCAAAUUAAGAUUCUUGCUUCGAACCCAGAAAACGUAGCACAGUUUAUCUCAUGUGAGGAUAUGCAUGAACUUUUAAGAUGUCUUAUCUUCUAUUACCUUCCAUUAACCUCUGAUGACCUCGAGUGUUGGGAUGAAGACGUGGAGGAUUUUUGCUCCGAAGAAAUUGGCGAAAUAUGGAAGUAUAACCUAAGGCCAAGUGCUGAGGUAUUAUUUCUCACAAUACUUCAUUGUGACCCGGACAAAGUUAUCCCGAUGAUAAUGUCAGCUCUUCAAUCUGUUAAUGACAAGAUAAAACAAGAAUCUGCUGAGUCAUGUGAUGUCACCACGUUGAUGCAGAAUGAUGCGGUGUUUUCCGCUGUUGGUUUGUCAGCGAAUGAAUUGUUUGAUUGUUUAAACUUUGAGGCCUGGUUCAUGGACAAUCUUCUACCUUAUGUAAAGGGAUUACAAAAUCAUCCACAAGGGAAAAUCAUUCACAGGCGUGUCCUUUGGUUGAUUGACCAAUGGAUGGGCGUGAAACCUCCGAACGACAUCCGGACAACAUUAUAUGACUUCAUAAUCGGUUCAUUGUCACCUGACUUUAACAUGGCAGUUAGAUUGAUGGCAGCAACCUCGCUGAGGCAAAUACUUGACGAUUUUGAAUUUGAACUUGACACUUUCCUUCCGUUCCGUGAUCGUUGCACGGAUGGCUUGCAUCGCCUCCUCCAUGAUUCAGAGUCCGGAGACACGAGGAUGAGAGUUCUUCAUGUUUUGAGCUUCGUGAUUGAAAGACUUGGGUCCCAAGUUACAUCAUGCAUGCAACAGCUUGCGUCCAUCCUUCCACCUAUAUGGGCAACUUCAGAGUCUCAUAAUAUGCUAAGAUGUGCAGUAGUCACCACCCUUGUUAACUUAGUGGUUGGUUUACGCGGUGAAUCCACCAACCUCCAUCCAUUCCUACUCCCCGUCAUCCACACAUGCACUGAUAUUUCAUCACCUGCUCAUGUUUAUUUACUUAUUGAUGGGCUUGACCUCUGGGUGGCGGUAGUGAGGAACUCCAUCGUCAUGACAACCGACCUUAUGCAACUUUUCAAUAACUUGUUUGGUUUAUUUGAUUUAAGUUCGGAAUCACUGAAGGAAAGUUUUCACCUGGUCGAGUGUUACGCAACUCUUGGUCGUUCCGAUUUCGUUAAUAGUGAACAGUGUUGCCAGUUCGCUAAUUCUUUAUUAUCGAUCAUCACUGAUGUGAAUGACAACUGCCUUGGUGUUGUUACACAACUGGUCUACACUGUGAUUGGGAUCGCCCCAAUAGAAACAGCCAAAGUAUUCAAUGCAUACAUCCGAGACACGCUUCAAUGCUUCUUAUCCCAAGAAUACAACGGGAUGUUAUCGUUGUAUCGCAUGUUGUUACUUGCUCGCUUAGCUCUACGACACCCAGUGGCAUUUUGGCAAAUAUUGAACGAUCACACGGGGGAGCAGUUCAACCAAGCUGCAGCGUAUCUGUUCAAUAUGUUUAGCACUUGGAUUGACAACGCAGCAGAAAUAACUCAUCGGAAAGAAAUUGCUCUUGCUGUUUUAACUUUGCUUGAUAAUUACAAUGAGAUAGAAGCAGUGAGAUCUUCUUUACCUAACAUCAUAUCUGUUGCUGUGCAUGUUCUCCAUGACGUUUGUGAUGAAGAUCACGCUGAUUCUGUUGUCGUCACCGGCAACAAUGACAUCAAUGAAGCUGAUUGGUCAGAUCUUCACGUGAAGCGUGAAACCUCACUCACAAGAUUGGAUCCCGUGCACGUGAUUUCACUCCCCAACUUCACGAAAACAAAACUCGAAAUCGUGGCAAAUUUUCUUGGAGGAGCGGCAACACUGGACCAGGUUUUAAAUAGCAGUGUUGACCAACAAGUUUUAUCUGGGUUAAAAGAAUUUAUUUGAUAAAAAAGAUUUUAAACUUUGUUGAUUUUACCUGUAGACGAGUACUGAAUCAAAGGUGCUAAACUUUUGGUGCCACAGUGGGCAUGUCAACCAUAGGUAUUAUUUAUUAAAGAAUAAAAUCAGUAACACAGGAAUGCACAUCUCACUAUCCUGCCUUCCCCGCAUUUAAAUAUUUUAUGAAGGUUAUAAGUAUCGUGUGGCAGAAUUAGUAUUUUAAAUCCUUUUUACAACCUUAAAUCAUGUGGUAAUUAAAUUUUUACUCGACUUUAAAAAAGGAGAUUUGUAGUUGCUUAGAAAAUCGAUACCUAAAAAUAGGACUAAUAUGCCACCAUAAAAGUCUUUGCAAAGUAUAUAUCGCAGUGGGUUUAAUGUUGAAAUUAAAGUUACCAGGAGUACUUUA